CUUACAUCCCAAUUUUUUGGGGCAGAGUUUGAUACGUUCACGUUCAGCCUUCUUUCAUCCCUCUUUUUUUUUCUUAAUAGCUUUUCAUUUUAUCUUCCGUCAAUCAACUCUUCAUCUGCCAUCUUUUCGCCAACGACUUUCGGGUCAUCUACGAAGAUGGCAGACAUCAAGAUCGAUGGAAAGCUCUUCCAGGAGCGCAUUAAUCAUUUCAUUAAUGCCUGGAAGGCCGAUAAACGCGCUGGAGAUACUGUCUUCAGCGGUGUAUCCUCCAUUCUUAUCAUGAUGGGUAAAGUCGAGGAGAACCCUGAAUUCCAGAAGAACAAUGCUAUGCACUUUUGGUUGUUAGGCUACGAAUUCCCGACUACGCUCAUGCUCAUCACUACCGACACUCUUUACGUACUGACGACCGCGAAGAAAGCGAAACACUUGGAACAAUUGAAGGGUGGCCGAUUUCCGAUUGAGGUCUUGGUCAGGGGUAAAGAUGCGGCCGCAAACGAGAAGCAAUUCAUCAAGAUUGCCGAUACCAUCAAUUCUGCAGGAAAAAAAGUCGGCCUUCUCACCAAAGAUAGGUCGAAUGGCCCCUUCGUCGACGAGUGGAAAAAAGUCUACGGCGAUAAGUGCAAGGACGUCGAAGAGGUCGACAUAUCCAGUGCCUUAUCGACCGCUGCAUUCUCUGUUAAAGAUGAAACGGAAUUGCGCUCCAUGCGAGCAGCAUCUAAAGCCUGUGUCGCGCUGAUGACACCAUUCUUUCUGGACCAGAUGUCGGACGUCUUGGACCAGGAGAAAAAGGUGAAGCACAGCGCGCUUGCCGAUAAGGUUGAUAGAAAACUCGACGACGAGAAGUGGUGGAAGACGGUUGAGCUGCCUAACAAACAAAGAUUACCUUCAGAUUUCGAUCCCGCGUCGUUAGAUUGGUACUUGGGUCCCGCAGUACAGAGUGGGGGUAAAUACGACCUGAAGCUUCAGACAGAGCCUACCGGCGACAACCUUCAUCCCGGCGUUAUUAUCGCUGGCAUGGGCCUCCGAUACAAGUCAUACUGCUCUACCAUUGCGCGAACGUACCUUGUUGACCCGAAUAAGACGCAAGAAAGUACCUACAAAUUCCUCUAUUCCGUCCAUAACCUGGUUUUGAAGGAGAUCAAGGAUGGCGCAGUUGCUAAGGACGUUUAUAACAAAGCUUUGAGCUACAUUAAGUCUAAGAAGCCCGAGUUGGAGAAGCAUUUCCUCAAGAAUGUCGGAGCAGGUAUCGGUAUCGAGAGCAAAGAUCCUACACUUGUGCUCAGCGGUAAAAACUCGCGAACUUUGAAGGAUGGAAUGACCUUAUGCAUAACAACCGGCUUCACUGAUGUCGAGAAUCCUUCACCCAAGGAUAAGCUGAGCAAGACGUAUUCCCUGGUCCUUACCGAUACCAUACGAGUAACGAAUAGCGAUCCGGUUGUAUUUACUGGAGAUGCUCCUACCGAUCUCGAUGCGACCUCGUUUUUCUUCAAAGAUGACGAGGAGAUGCAACCAACGCCUAAGAAAGAGAAGAAGGACUCCCGCGUGGGUGCUGUGGCUACUAAGAACAUUACGAGCACCCGCCUACGGUCUGAGCGAACUACUCAAGUGGAUGAGGACCAAGAGAAGAGGCGUCGUGAGCAUCAGAAAGAACUCUCUCAGAAGAAACAGAAGGAGGGUUUGGCUAGGUUUGCCGAGUCAACAGGUGGCCAAGACGGCGCGGAGGUGAAGAAGUUCAAGAAAUUUGAAUCAUACAAGAGAGAUAAUCAGAUGCCACUCAAAGUCAAGAAUCUCGAGAUCUUGGUUGACCAAAAGAACCACACCCUCGUGCUUCCUGUCAUGGGACGACCGGUUCCUUUUCACAUCCACACCAUCAAGAACGUCAGCAAGAACGACGAAGGAGAGUGGUCCUAUCUACGUAUCAACUUCCUUUCUCCGGGUCAGGGAGUCGGUAGGAAAGAUGAUCAGCCGUUUGAGGACGCCUCGGCACAGUUCGUUAGGAGCCUGACGUUCCGUUCUCGCGAUGGCGAUCGAUACGAAGAGAUUACGGCGCAGAUUUCGGCUAUGAAGAAGGAGGCCACUAAGAAGGAGCAGGAGAAGAAGGACAUGGAAGAUGUUGUUGAACAGGAAAAGCUAAUCGAAAUAAGGAAUCGACGCCCUCCUGUUAUGGACAACGUGUUCAUACGUCCUGCGAUGGAAGGGAAGCGAGUUCCCGGCAAGGUCGAGAUCCAUCAGAACGGUAUCCGAUACCAGUCACCGCUUAAUCCUCAGCAGAGGGUUGACGUGCUCUUCUCCAACAUUCGCCAUCUGUUCUUCCAGCCUUGCGCCCAUGAGCUCAUUGUGAUCAUUCACCUGCAUCUCAAAGACCCUAUCAUCAUUGGCAACAAGAAGAAGACAAAGGAUGUGCAGUUCUACCGAGAAGCAACAGAUAUCCAGUUUGACGAAACUGGCAAUCGAAAACGAAAAUAUCGCCACGGCGACGAAGAUGAGUUCGAGCAAGAGCAAGAAGAUCGCCGACACAGGGCUGAGCUUGAUCGCCAAUUCAAGAGUUUUGCUGACAAAAUUGCGGAGGCUGGCAAGAACGAGGGUGUUGAGGUUGACAUGCCGCUUAGAGAGCUCGGAUUCAACGGCGUCCCGUUCCGAAGCAACGUUACGAUCCAGCCGACGACGGAUUGUCUUAUCCAGAUCACGGAGCCGCCCUUCCUAGUUGUCACGCUAGAUGACAUCGAAGUUGCUCACCUGGAGCGUGUGCAAUUUGGGUUGAAGAACUUUGACCUGGUAUUUGUGUUUAAGGACUUCACUAGACCACCCGUUCACAUCAACACAAUUCCUGUCGAGUCGCUGGAGGAUGUGAAGGAAUGGCUUGAUAGCAGCGACAUCGCAUUUAGCGAAGGUCCUUUGAACCUGAACUGGCCCACGAUCAUGAAGACGGUCACAGCUGAUACCCAUCAAUUCUUUGUCGACGGGGGAUGGUCGUUCUUACAGAAUGAGAGCGAUGACGAUGACGACCAAGAAGAGGAAGAGGAGUCAAACUUUGAGAUCGACGAAUCCGAGCUCGAAGAAGCUAGCGAGUCCAGCGAGGACGAUUCGGAGUACGAUAGUAACGCAUCCGAAGACGCCAGCGAGGAAGGCUCAGAAGAAGACGACGAAGAGGAGGAAGGCGAGGACUGGGAUGAGCUAGAAAAGAAGGCGAAGCGAAAGGAUCGAGAGAGUGGUCUUGAAGAGGAAGACCGUAACCGUAAUAAGAAGCGACGUCACUAGACUCUUGGCCUAAAAUAUGCGGAUCCUCAUUGGAGGGGAUGUUUAUUUGAAGCGUCGAGAGACUAGUCCUAUAGGUGCGAUUUCGCAAGGCGAAGGGACCGCCCAAUUCGGAGUUGAGGUUGUACGAAAUGCCCAUUCUUCAUUCAGCACAUUAAUGCGUCGAGCCGCUAGUCGCAGGUUUUGCAAUUUUUUAUUAUUCCGUCGCUUCGGAACGGGGCUAUGAUAAGCUGAAGGCGAAAUUGCGUUUGCUUUUAGUUAAUUCUCGGUGGUUGGCUCUUCACAGAGCAUAUGUAGGCAUAUGUAGGCUGUAUCGUACCGUAAUGCAAAAUGGAUCCCCUGGG